AUGACGGCAUGGCCGGCCGGGCGCGGGCCGGAGGCUCUUUGCGUGCGGUCAGCACGCGUAGUAGUCGACGAGCUAGUCGAGAGACUCCGGCUGCGGGUCCGCGUUCUCCAUAAGCCACAGGUGCUCGAACAGCACGACCUUGCAGCCGACGACGGUGCCCGCCGCUCCGCCGGUGCGGUCGACGAGGGUCUGGAACAGCAGGUGGCCCACGAGCUCCUCGGCGAUGAGGUAACGGUGGCACGACUUGCCGACGUACACCGGGUGCAGGCCCUUGGGCACCUCGUCCGCGCCGUGGAACGACGACGCGCCGCCGCGCUCGUCGCUGGAUCGGAGACGAUGGCGCCAUCGUGGCCGUCGCCGCCGUCGCCGCUGGCCGGUGGCGCACGGGCGAUGUGGCUGGACGAGUGCCACCUCCUGAGCACCGCGGCAUGGCCCGCGCACCCGGGCUCCGUGGCGGCCACGACGACGGCGAGGUUUCAGACCACGGUGGCGACGCAGACGGCCAGCGUGUAG